CCCCAACCGUAGCCCUGUUGUAAAGAUGGCGUCCAUCAUGGAGGGGCCGCUAAGCAAGUGGACUAACGUCAUGAAAGGCUGGCAAUACCGGUGGUUUGUUUUGGACUACAACGCCGGCCUCCUGUCGUACUACACGUCUAAGGACAAAAUGAUGCGAGGCUCCAGAAGAGGCUGCGUGCGACUCAGAGGAGCGGUGAUCGGCAUAGAUGACGAGGACGACAGCACAUUCACCAUCACUGUGGACCAGAAGACUUUCCACUUUCAAGCUCGAGAUGCAGACGAACGUGAGAAGUGGAUCCACGCCUUAGAGGGAACCAUCCUCCGUCACACCCUUCAGCUUCAGGAGGCUGAGACGGGACUCGUUCCGAGUGUGCAAGACUUCGACAAGAAGCUAGCCGAGGCUGACGCCUACCUACAGAUCCUAAUCGACCAGUUGAAGCUGUUUGAUGAGAAGAUCAAGGACUGCAAAGAGGAUGAAUCGCGCAGGAAAAUAGAAAAUUUGAAAGAGACUACUUGUAGUAUGGUAGAGUCCAUCAAGCACUGUAUUGUUCUUCUGCAGAUUGCCAAGGACCAAAGUAACGAACAGCAACACGCAAACGGACUUAUAAGCACCAUCAACCCAGUGGAUGGGAUCUACCAGCCCCCCCUGGACCCCCCUGUAGUCAACACCACAAUGCCAACACAGACCACACUACCUACAGACGCUUCUCAGGUGUGUAAAUCAGACCAACGACCCUCCACGUUAGCUGUUGGUCCCAUGGUCACAGUGAUGGGCAGUCUGCAGACCCCAACUCCCAACAGCACAGGGAGUGGCCCGUCCGGCCCCAGCAGCGGCGUCGCCUCUCCGACUCGCAUCCCCCUGCCCUCACACUCAGUGCCAGACUUCUCCUACUCCUCCAGCGAGGAUGAGUUUUAUGAUGCUGACGAGUAUUACCAGAGCAGCACUUCACCCAAACACUGUGCAGAUCCCUCAGGGCCUUCUGCUGCCUCGGCCGCCACUAAUGAAGAAAAGUUGUUAAAACGGCCCGAAACCACAGAGUCCCUCUACUCCUCCAUGUCAAACGGCACCACUGAUGCAGAUAUGUUUGACAGCCACGAUGACCGCGACGACGACGGUGAGGGGGAGUCUGUGGAAGAGCACAAGAGCGUCAUCAUGCAUCUGCUCUCGCAAGUCCGCUUGGGCAUGGACCUCACAAAAGUGGUCCUGCCUACUUUCAUCCUAGAGAGGCGGUCCUUGUUGGAGAUGUACGCGGACUUCUUUGCACACCCCGACUUAUUUGUAAGCAUCGCUGACCAGCCGGAGCCCAGAGAGCGCAUGGUUCAGGUGGUGAAGUGGUACAUGUCCGCUUUCCAUGCAGGCAGGAAAGGCUCAGUGGCCAAAAAACCUUACAACCCAAUCCUGGGCGAAGUCUUCUUCUGCCACUGGGAUCUUCCAAACGAGAAAGAAGAACCUUCUCCUCCUACGGAGACGGCGUCAGAUGGUCCGUUUCCCUGGUCCUCUCCCAACAGCGUGUGCUUCGUGGCAGAGCAGGUCUCUCACCACCCGCCCAUUUCCGCAUUUUACGCCGAGUGUUCCAGUAAGAAGAUCCAGUUCAACGCUCACAUCUGGACAAAGUCAAAGUUUCUUGGCAUGUCUAUAGGUGUCCACAACAUCGGUCAAGGUUGUGUGUCGUGUUUGGAGCACGAUGAACAUUACAUCCUCACCUUCCCUAAUGGAUACGGCAGGUCGAUUCUGACCGUGCCGUGGGUGGAGCUGGGCGGAGAGUGCAACAUCUCCUGCUCCAAGUCGGGCUACAGCGCCACCAUCGUGUUCCACACCAAGCCUUUCUACGGCGGGAAGAAGCACAGGGUCACAGCGGAAAUUUUCGCACCAAAUGACAAGAAGUCUUUCUGCUCCAUCGAAGGAGAAUGGAACGGAGUGAUGUACACCAAGCUGGCAACUGGAGAGAAUGCGACAUUCAUAGACACUAAGAAAUUGGGCAUCAUAAAGAAGAAAGUGAGGAAGCUGGAGGACCAGAUGGAGUACGAGUCCCGAAGACUAUGGCGAGAUGUGACUCUGAACCUGAAGCUUAAAGACAUCGAUGCCGCAACAGAGGCCAAGCACCGUCUGGAGGAGAAACAACGAGCCGAAGCCAGAGAAAGGAAGGAGAAGGAGCAGCAGUGGGAAACCAGGCUCUUCCACGAGGACGGGGAGUGCUGGGUCUACGACGAGCCGCUAUUAAAGAGACUAGCCUCUCAAAGGCAAUGAGAAGACAGCCCACGCCGCUCGGAUGAACACGGAAGUGCACAAGAGACACAAGAGUCUUCAUAAGAACUCUUUUGCGAAACAUCGAAAUAAAACCACACACUUCUUAUUCAAGCCUUGGGAUGACUGACUGAACCUGUACACCGCUUUGCAUCUGACUGUAUAUAAAAACGGAAAUGAAUGAAAGCAUACAAGAUGUAAACAUGAGCUCUCGUCCCUAUUUGGGCGAUCUUUUCCCCUGCGCUGGCAGCCGAUGCAGACCCCCCCCCCCCCCCCCCCCUUACGUGAGAGAGGAAACAUGUGAGUCGACCCAUCAGCUCUAGAUCCACACUUUUAACGAUCCAGAGCUGCACUUGUUUUCCCCCACAUUCAUGCUUUUUGUUUCUUUAUAUAAGGGGGAGCAAGAGGUUUGUGGUUGAUGGUGUACAAGUCAAGUGACGACUUGAUGAAAUAACCGGCGCUCUACAUCUCAGGGAAUCUGACUGAGGAAAGAAAGCUGCUGCACCCUCCCAGAGUCUGACAGCCUUACAACAGUGGAGCGGAUCAGUCCUGAAGCGGCGGGAGAGAACUCCUCUGCUUGCCUGCAACUAGUUCCAACUGAUCUUUAUAUAUAGCUAUACAUAUAAUGAAAAUAUAUAUUCUUUUUUUUUUUUUAAUUUCCAGUUUUCGUUCUGUUAUUUCUGGCAAUACUAUAAAACUUAUUGGGGAUAAAAACUUGAUGGCUUUACGUCUUUAGGAAGCAUUCCAUUUAGAUUUUUUUUUUCCAUCGUUUUGUUUUCAUUUCCGAGUGGCCAUCUUUUUUUUUUUUUUUUUUUGUAUCUUUAGCGUUUGUCCAGAAGCAAAACAUGAGCCAUGGCACCUAAAUCCACCGAUUAGGAGAAAUGGAGGUAUAUUAAAAGGAAUAUAUGCAAUUCAAAGUCUCAAUGCCGGUUAUGCCAAAAAAAAAAAAAAAAAAAGAAGUAUAUGGUUUAAAGAAAAGAGGCUAAAGGGACUUUGAGCUGGACAGCCAACUUGAAAGCAUUUCUGAACAAAAGGAUUGUUUACACGUUCUUUCUCCUUAACGAGGGGCUAAAGUCUCCCGUUUGUCCUGCGGACCACCACCUCAUCUCGAUGCUUACUCGUAAUAAGCAAACGGCGUAGACGGAUCGGACUGGUUCCUGUUCUUCUCUUUUCUAUGUUGUGCUUUUACCUUCAGAACCACACGCAGGUUAACACAAGGCCUUUUCAGCACUGAAUCACUGCUGAUCUGACCACCUAAAGCUCUAAUCUUGGAUCCACAUUGAGGAGGAAGUCACCUGGACAUGCUGGACCAUCAUAAAAACAAUUAAACUUAUCUUUGGUUUAAAAGGUAAUCAUCAACUGGUACAGAGAUUCAAAAAAGUAAUUGGUCAACUGAUGAAAUAAUCUAUAAACACUGCUGAUGCCAAAAUUUGAGACACAUCACAAAUGAAAAGGCCUUUGAAGUGGUCCACUAAAUUUGAAGCCUUACCCCCCCUCCCUUUCAUGUUAUUUUUUUUGUAUACGUUGUUAAAUAGAGGCCUUGCCUUUCAGUAUUGCCUGAUAGAGAGCAAUCAAACAAAUGUAUUUCCUUUUUUUUAUUAUUUCCUUCUCAUCAUAACCAUUGAUUGUAUCUGACUCUCCUGAUUAUUGAAGCAUUAUAUUAAAUCUCUGAGAGUUA